AUGGCUUCGUUUUCUGGUUGUUUUCCUGAAAGAAUUUUUGGGACACUGGGCGAACUCGAAUGCGAUGGUAUGAAUGAAAUACGGUAUUACGAUUUCUUAAAGAAUCGUCGUGAAACCUUAACGCCAGCUCAACUUCUUAAAGUACUUGAUUUACGAGGUCACGGCGGCGGUGACUUUGGAUUGGUAGAAUCGUUCGUUCGCGAGAUAGCAUUAGCUGGUCAACGGGUGGAUAAAGCGAACUAUUUAAAAACUGGACCAUUAGAAACUUUCAAUUCUCAUCUUUAUGUAUUUGCCGCGGAACAUGCUCGUAAAACCGGAAAAGUUGUAAAUAUUCAAGAGUUUAAGCGUGAAUUCGGAGUUAAAGAUUUUUCUUAA